UGAAACCCAUGCGUAAUUCCCCAUCGCUCUUCAACAAGCGCGCGAGUCUUGCAAGCCAAAAUCUCUCCCCGCGCGCAUCGGGCUCCCAAUAAAAUCCCACGCCCUCCCCCUCUCUCUACCUCCGCCAUUUUUCUAUUCUAUUCGCAGCACGAGAGAGAGAGAGAGAGAGAGAGAGAGGGAGGGAGAGGGCGAUGGGAGCGGAGCAACGAAGCUCGAACGACGUCGUCGCCGCGGCCAUGGAGAAGUCGAUCCGAGCAGGAGAGGAGGCGAGCGCUAAUGGCGGCGGCAGCGGGGUCGUCGUCCCCGCGCGGAUCCCGUCGUCCUCGCUCGCCAUCGACAUCUCCCUCCCGCUCCACGAGAUGAAGCCGCGGAUCAUAGACCUGUGCAAGGAUUUGUUCAAAGAAUGGUCUUCUCUUGACAACUCGCGCGUCUCCAUUGAGACGGUCUCUGGCGGUAUCACAAAUCUCUUGCUGAAAGUAUCUGUGAGAGAAGAUAGUGCUGCUGAUUCUGUUUUGACUAUACGGCUUUAUGGCCCGAAUACAGACUUUGUGAUCGAUCGCAAGAGAGAGUUGAAGGCCAUACCAUAUCUCUCAGCUGCAGGGUUUGGCGCUGAACUGCUUGGAAUAUUCAAAAAUGGAAUGGUUCAGUCAUUUAUCAAUGCUCGGACACUCUCACCCUCAGACAUGAGCAACCCAAAAAUUGCUGCUGCAAUUGCCAGGGAACUUCGCAAGUUCCAUCAAGUGGACAUACCAGGUUCUAAAGAGUCACAACUGUGGAACGAUAUCUUCAAAUUUCUCAAGCAAGCUUUUCUGUUAGCUGAAAAACAAGGUUUGAUUGCAGCUGCGGUGUUAAAGUUUGAUGACAGUGAGAAGCAGGCUAAGUAUGAAGCAAUCUCAUUUGAUGAGAUACGUGAGGAAAUAAAUAAACUCAAGGAUCUCACAGAACUUCUGAAUGCGCCAGUUGUUUUUGCCCACAAUGACUUGCUUUCAGGAAACUUGAUGCUAAACGAUGAGGAAGAAAAACUCUACUUCAUCGACUUCGAGUAUGGAUCAUAUAGCUAUAGAGGAUACGACAUUGCAAAUCACUUCAAUGAAUAUGCAGGCUUUGACUGUGACUACAGCUUGUAUCCAGAUAAGGAUAGACAGUAUCAUUUCCUCAGGAGCUAUUUGCAACCUGAUAAACCAGAUGAGGUGCCAGACAAAGAUCUUGAAGCCCUUCACAUUGAAACAAAUACCUUUAGGCUAGCAUCGCACAUUUAUUGGGCAUUGUGGGCUCUUAUCCAGGCUAAGGUGUCGCCGAUCGAUUUCAACUAUCUCUCUUACUUUUUCCUUCGUUACGAUGAAUACAAGAAGCAGAAGGAAGUGUGUUUCUCCUUGGCGCAACUAUAUCUUUCUGGUUCGGGCUCCGGCUGAUUAACUUGACAACAUCUUACAUUGUUGUGUUUGUAACAGUCCAAUUGUUUGUACAACAUAUUUUUUGUAGCCACAAGGGUAUGAAACCAACAAUAGCCUAUUGCGUCUAGAUUGCUGCUGUAUUUUUUUUUUUUUCCCUUUUUACCUCAUUCGAAGCAGAAUGUUCUAUGGCUCUUGCAUCUAGAUUGCUGCUGUAUUUUUUUUUUCUCCUUUUUACCUCAUUUGAAGCAGAAUGUUCUACGACAUAAAUAGCAGAAUAGAACAGUUAUUGAGAUCUUUGUAAUCAGAGUUCAUUUCCCAUAUUCUUUGGUUUUGUUUCCCAUAUAAAUUUGUAGAAAUUUGUGGCAGAAACUGAUGUAAGGGUUUGGAUCCUUGCAAGUUUAUUUUUCGUAAAUUUUCGUUCA